AUGGCGCCCUCGGCUGAAAACCACAGUCGCUCGCACAGUCUUUUGCUCUUCCAGAAACUCUUGAACUUGAGAGACGGCGCCAGUCCUCUGACUCUUGUGCUGGAUAACCUUGAGCAGAGUGCUGCGCCUGUUCUGCGGGAGUUUGUCUCCAGAGCCAAGAUUGCGAAGGCCAAGGUCAUCCUGCUCUCGUUCGCGACCCUUAAGCGGCCACGAGAUGUUGACGUCGUCGUGAGAGCCCGAGGCAAGAAUCUCAAGGCCCUUAGGGGAGAGAUACUCUCACAUUACCCCAAGAUAGAUCCUGCCGCCGCCAAGAGUGCUUCAUCUCAAAAAACCGUUGUGCUGCUUGACUCACUCAACGAGCUCGCCACAGCGGCACCUCAGAUCAUGCCAACUUUCCUGUCAAGUAUUGUCAUGCCAACGGUAUCCCUAGUAGCGGUGUACCACGCUGAUGUGCCCAUUGUUCUCCCGCGAUCGGUGAGCGAGUACGAGCCUCAUCCUCUGACCGUCCUCUCCCACUUAGCCACCUCCAUUCUUCGGCUAUCUAGUUUGCGUCAGGAGAUCGAGCGCCAGAGGGCGAGAAACAGGAGUCUCCAAGAGCCGGAAUGGGGGCUAGGAGAGGGCCGUGAAGGCGUCCUCAUCGGUCUCAAGGGCGACACCAAAUCCGAGGAUUACCACGGUGUGGUCGUUGAGAUGGAGAUUAGGAGGCGAAGUGGACGUGCCAUGGCGGAAAAGUUUGUUGUGUUGCCACAGGUAGGCCAGACUACAACUGCUGCCUCCUCGAAGGGAUCCAAGAUUUUCCUCCUCUCGGAGCACCCUAUGUUCGCUGCCCCUGAGGGUACUGGCGCUACGAGCACCGGGGAUGGAGAGGACGAGGAGCCGGAGAGCACAUUCAACCUAGGGCUUACGGAGAAGCAACGGCGGGAUAGGGAGGGCAUUGUGCUGCCUUACUUUGAUGCGCAGACGGACAUAGGGGCGGGAGAGGGUGGUAGGAUUUUGUACGAGAUGGGCAGGGAGGAUGACUUUGAUGACGAAGAAGACGAGAUUUAG